AUGUCUAGACCAAAUAUAAAGUCGGUCCUCAAUAGUCAUUUUCAAUUUGCAAAGAAAAAACCGAAUAUACCUUCUAAACCAUCAGAUAAAGUUGAUACAAAGAUAAAUAAACAGAAAUUAAUUGAAGAAAAAAGUUUCCCUAUUGUUAAGAUCACAGAGUCAAAUCGAUGUGAUGUUUUAACAGAAAAUAAUGAAAAGGCUAAACCUAUUCAAGAAAAAUUGUGUGGUAAUGAAAUUCCUAAAAAAACUAUAUCAGAAACCUUUAAAACAAUUAUAUCUUCAAAUGAUGAUUCAAAUAUUAUAUCUAAAAAAAAGAAGUCUAUUUCUAAGAAAUCAUCUAACGUAUCAGAGGAUAGUAUUGGGGAGAUCAAAAAACCUAAAGAGAACUAUCAACUUUGGAAUAUUCCUCUCUCAAGCAAAUUUAAAGGCAAAGAAUUUGAUAAAAAAUUAUUAACUGUGCAAGAUCUAAUACAUUAUAAUCCAGUCGCCAAUCCUAUAAUCAAAAAACCCAAAGUGGUACACAAAGAAGAUGAUCCAGAUAAUGAUUUGCUGUUUAAAGAUCCCGAACAAACGUCAACAGUUCAAAAUAACUGCAUAACUCCAUGCAUCAAACAAGGUAUUGAUGACAAAAUUAUAAUUGAUCCAGAAACAUUAACUUUAAAUGAGACUGGUCUUGAAGAAAAACGAGAAGAAUUGGCCAAAUCUAAAGUUAUUGAAGAAUCUGCAUACCAUUCUAGAAGUUAUUCUUAUAAACGCAAAAAAGAAGCUUCUCGAAAACAAUGGUCCAAAGAAGAAACACUCAAAUUUUACAAAUGUUUGAUGAAUUUUGGUACUGACUUUUCUAUGAUUCAGCAAUAUUGUCCUAAUCGAACUCGAACUCAAAUCAAACAAAAAUUUUUAAUAGAAGAGAAAAGAAAUCUUCAGCUUGUGAAUUUUGCUCUAACUAAUACAACACAUUUUGAUAGUGCUAGCAUUGAAUAUAUGCUUGAAAAUGAUAAAACCAAAGGAAAAGUAUUUGAAAAACUUGAUAAAAGUGCAGACCCAGAAGUCAGCCCUAAAAAAAUUGAUCGUAGGCUUCGUAAAAAUGUAAUACGGGUAACUUAUAGAAAAAUGAUCAUGACUUCCUAUUAUUUUGAAGAUGAAAUUGAAAUAAAGAAUAAAAGAAAACGUCCAACUGAAAUAUUCACUGCACAGAAAUUAAAAAAAGCGCUAGCCAAUAUGCCAAGUGUAAAGAACAAGUGUAAUAGGCCUUCAAGCUCUGAAAUAGUUACAAAUAAAGAAAGCUUAAAACAAGAUUUUCAUGAAGAAUAUGAGGAAUGUAUUACUGAGUAUGAAGAAUCAAAUAGCGAAUAA